AUGAGGGAGUCGCGUGCCAUCUGCAUGCUCUGCCGAGCACGGCAGUCCGUCCAGGCGGCGGCACGUCAAGAAGCUCUCAGCAGCCAACCACGGCGACGAUGGCACACGACAACAGCAACGGCGCACCCGAGGAUCCCCCUGGUGGACGGAGUUAUGGUCCAUGACGGCUCGCGGACCGUGUACCGGAGGGCCGACAUUUCUCGCAGGCCAGGAGGGUCCGCGGCGACAGCAGCUCGACUCACGUCUCGGUCACGAAUUACAAAACGGCCGCCGGCCAACGAUGCGGCACUGGCCGUCUUCCGGGACAUUAUCGAGAACCAGCAGGAGUCCGAGCACGAGCAGACAAGACGAGAACAGGAGGGACUUGCAGAGGCGGUGGCGGAUGCAGUGCAGGACGGGGGCGACUUGGACAAACUGGCCCAGGAGCUCAGCAAGGCACAUAUCGACGAGUUUCAGGAGCAGCAGCAACAGCAACAGAAACAGCAACAGCAACAGCAGCAUCAGGAGCAGCCGAGCGCAGGACGACCGGCAACGGCGAGCGUCGACCUGUACAAGCACCUGGUGAAGCUGACGCAGCUGCGGUCGCAGACAGACGCAACCACCGCCACGCUGUUCCACCACUUCGAGACAAACAUGUAUCCGCACAUGACCGAAUCGCCGCGCAGACUGCCUGCCAUCUUCCGCUACACGGCCCACCAGCUCGUGCGUGAGGCUUCGACCGCCAAGAUGGCCGACCCCUACGCCGAGAAUCUCCCGAGCUUGGCCCGCAUCACGCAGAUCCGCCGGCAGCUCGACCUGCUCAACAAACCGGAGGCAUGGGUGCCGCUUGUGCUGACGGCCGCGACGGAGAUUGUUCAUCCCGGCGGUGGCAGCAGCAGCAGCAGCAGCAGCAGCAGCAGCGGAAGCGAGGGUAGCAAUGGCGUCGAUAGCAGCAGCGGAAGCAACGUCGGCGACCCAUCGUCGGCCGUCGAAAAGAGGACGGCCCUGCUGGCAGACCUCGUCGAGGCCUGGCGCAUGUUCAACCUGCCAGAUAUUGUGGUCACGGACGAGGAGGCGCUCCAGAACAUGCCAGUCACCGAGUUCCGCAUGGCGUCGCCGGACCCGGCCCGCGCCGAAAAGUAUGCCAGGCGGCGCAACAUCCAACUGGGUCUGUCGCUGCUGUUCCCCCGCUACGCGCCGGAGCAACUGCGCGAGCUGGCACCAGCCGUGUUGGCCACGUAUGCCAUCCUCACCGACCCAGCCAUCUGCACGCCCGAGAUCAAGGACAGGGCGCACGAGUUUGUCGACGCAAUCGAAAAGGUUGUGACGACGACAAACUUGAAGCGUCGCAUCAUCCCCGCCAUGUACACGGAGCACCCGGCACUCGGCGCCUACGUCCUCUCGCGGCCAAUCGUCGGCUCUCCCACCGUGACGAACAAGGCACAUGCCCAGAAUGCACUGCCGCGCGUCGCCACGAGCUCCAGGGACGCCCGGCGGGCCACGCUCGACAGCAUCUACCAGCAGCUGGACCAGGCGCUGCGUGUGCGCAAUACCGCGGCCUGCGAGGCCGCGUGGGACCGCUUUUGGUCGGCCGUGUCGGUUCCGGACGUCGAGGGCCCCGCGCGGCUGCGCGGCAGCAGCGACCUCCUCGACUACUUUAUCAUGGUGUUUACGACGCUGCGCAUGUCGGACCGAGCCAUUGCCGUUUGGAAUCUGAUGGCCAUGGCCGGCAUCAAGCCCACGCUGCGCACAUGGACGUCCUUUAUCGAGGGCUUCAAGCGGGCCAACAACCCAGCCGGUAUCCACAACAUCUGGGACCGCCUUGUGGCCUCGGGCAUGCAAGUCGACACGGCCGUGUGGACGGCACGCAUCUCCGGCUUGAUCCAGUCGGGCGCCGCCGAGGCCGGCAUGCAGGCGCUGGACGAGAUGCAGCGCCUGUGGGAAGCGUCCCGGGAAGAGCACGUGCCUGGCAGUGGCGACAAGACGGACGGACGCCCACUCUCCAAGGCCGUCAAGCCGACCAUCGAGCCGGUCAAUGCCGCCAUUGCCGGCAUGCUGCGGCGCGGCGACCUGGCCGCCGCCAAGAAGGUCCUGGCCUGGGCAGGCCGCCACGGCAUCGAGCCGGACGUCAUCACCUUCAACACCAUCCUGCGGCCGCUGGUGCGCGAAGGCGCGGCCGACGAGGUCGCCGGUCUGCUGGAGAUGAUGCGCCAGCGCGGCAUCCGUCCCGACGAGGCCACCAUUACGAUCCUGCUCGACGACACCAUUGGCGGCGGCGCCAUGGCAGGCCGCAGUCCCCGCGAACGGGCCGAGCUGGUGAAGCAGGUGCUCGCCGACGUGGAGGCGGCCGGCCUCGACGCCAACCAGCAAAACUACGCCAAGAUUAUCUACCUGCUGCUGCAGGGCGGCGAGAAGGGCCGCCACAGCACGGGCGGCGACGCCAUCAACGACCAGGCCGACGCGGCCGUGUCCGUCGUGUUCCAGCGCAUGCGCCAGCGCGGGAUCCCCAUGUCGUCCCACAUCUACACGAUCCUGGCCGAGAACUACUUUAUGCGCACUCCGCCCGACCUCGAUGCCGUGCGGUACCUGGUCGAGCACGGCCAGCCCGGCGGCCCUGCCCGGUACGAGACGGGGCAGACCAGCCCGUCCGAGAGCCCGUCCGAGAGCACGCCCGAUCCUCUUGACACGCCGCGACCGCCGCCCACGUUUGACCGCGUCUUCUGGGAGCGCAUCGUGCGCGGCUUUUCGCAGGUCGGCGACACGGCCAGCGCGCUCAAGUACUUUGCGCACAUUGCCGACUCGGUGUCCGUGACGUCGUCGACGCUCGAGGACCUGCUGCGCGCGCUGGUCCACAACAACGAGUGGGAGGCGGCGUCCCAGCUGGUGGCCAAGGUGCAGGCGCAAAAGAUGGUGCGGGUGCAGAGCGGCAUUGGAGGCGAGACGACGCGGCUGGUGGACGCGCGGCAGUUCCGGCACCGCUUCUGGCACCUGGCCGCCGAGCAUGGUCUGUUGAAGGAUUAG